AUGGUCGGCCAGCCUUUCAUUCAAGCACCCGACCGAAAGAGGUCUCUGAUAGUGGAUGUGAAUCCCAUAAUGGAUAAAGACGCAUUCUAUACUCCCAGGGAAUUACCCCCAGUUCUGCCAUCCCACUCAAGACAGAAGGAACGCGUCAAUGGGAGACGUUUGAUGACACCAGUCGAAGUGGAAGCAAUGGCCAGUCCUUAUGACUUAAUGAUUCGAUUUGGAGGCGUACAAGAUCCUGAUACUAAACAGAAAUACCUUAUGCCCAACAAUAUAGAACAUCCAAAGUUCAGCAAACGCGUGGGCGGAAAGAACUUCUGGAUUUCAUGCUGGAAAGAGGCUGUUAGACAAACUAUGAUCACAGGAAAGCAUUGGAUGGCAAUACCCCAGUUGGAAACACACGGUCUCCUCCUCGAACAGGUGGAACAAAUGUUACAACAGCGCUUAAUUCAGGAGCUGGAAAUUCUCCUCACUCGGCUAAACCACUCCCGUCACCUCGUCGGCAGUCAACAAGAGACGAUUAUUCGGCGAUUAACUCGCGAAGAACUUCAUGAUCUGGAACAUAUCGGUACCCUCUCUCUUCAAGGGGUCUCAGCGAUCAUUAUUGAAGAUCGGUCACAAACUCUCCCCUCACCCGCCUGGAAACUAAUUAGAGACACAUUUGCUGUAGGGGGCAAUCUUCUUGAAGCAGAGGCGAAUAUUGACGCCAAAGCCCUGGAUGCACAAAUUUUCAAAGGUGAUGACAACACAGCCAACGCAUAUAUAGUAUCUUCAACGUCAAAUACAAUAGCUCGUGUUGAUUCAGUACCUCUCUUGAUAGCUCUUUGGCGGCUUCGUUUAUGGGCUGGACAAGGCUGGAAUGGUGGUUUGUGGGGAGAUUGGGAGAAGAAGUCCUUUGCAUGA